CAAAUUACUAACUCUACAAAAUACAGGAAUCGCAUGUCGAAGCAAAUCAACCUUGUUGUAUUUUUGAACUGUAAUGAUUUCAGUAUGAAUGUAGUAUAACAUAAUCCUUGUUACGUAACCGAGACAGAUUUGCAUGCUAAAUGCAACGUUAGUUUGGAGAUAAAUCCUAUAAAUAAUGUGAUUUUUUUUGUUUGUUGUUGUUGUUGUAACUAGCUAAUGUUAUACGCAAAUAUUUAUGCAUUUUCAACAGGCUUCCGUUCUUUAUGUGAACAUUUAACUUGCUAGCUAAGCUAACUAGCUAGUCAACUAUCCAGCUAGCUAGUUACCUAAUGUGGUACCUGUGCCUUGUCUCAAGCUAGCUAACGUUAGCUGUGUAGCUAGCAACAGUAAAGCUAGCGAACAACAAAGAAAACAAAGCACACACUUCAAGAUGUCCUUCAACAAAUCUAACGUUAUAGGUAGCAUUUGUAUUCAUUUGCUGCAUGAUGUACCAUGUAGUCCAUUUAGUUAAUUUCAAGAAAUAUUGUCCAAAUCAAAUUUUAUUGGUCACAUACAAAUAUUUAUUUAUAUUUAUUUAUUGCGGUUGUAGCGAAAAGGUUGUACUCGGAACUGAGUGAUAUCCAAUGAUGUACCCGCCUCAGCUGAAUCUUUAAAUUAGGCUACAAUCCUGGGGAACAAGAACCGGAAAACACAUGAACGCCUGUGUUCCACAUGUCUGCUGAAAUGGAAGGACUGUGACUAACUGAUCAUGGAGUACACCACCUCAACAGGGGAGCAGAUAGUCGUGCAGACGUCCAAUGGGCAGAUCCAACAACAGACUCAGGGCACAAUGACGGCUGUGCAGCUGCAGACCGAGGCGCCGGUAUUGACGGCCUCUGGCCAGCAGGUGCAGACACUCCAGGUCCAAGGCCAGCCCCUGGUGGUGCAGGUGAGCGGAGGGCAGCUGAUCACAUCGUCAGGGCAACCAAUCAUGGUGCAGGCUAUGGGGGGAGGACAGGGACAGACCAUCAUGCAGGUGCCUGUGUCUGGAGGACAGGGACUACAACAGAUCCAGCUACAGGGUGGGCAGCAGAUCCAGCUGCAGAACGGUCAGACGAUCCAUCUAGGGGGACAGCAGAUCCAGCUGCAGAACGGACAGAUGUUACAGCUUGGGGGGCAGCAGGGUCAACCCCAACAGAUCAUCAUCCAACAGCCACAACAAGCCAUCACAGCCGGACAGAACCAGGGCCAGCAGAUUCAGUUGCAACAGGGCCAGCAGAUUCAGUUGCAACAGGGCCAGCAGAUUCAGUUGCAACAGGGCCAGCAGAUUCAGUUGCAACAGGGCCAGCAGCUGGCGCAGACGGCUGAUGGACAGACCAUCGUCUACCAGCCAGUCAACGCAGAUGGCACCGUCCUGCAACAGGGAAUGAUCACCAUCCCAGCAGGCAGCCUGGCGGGGGCCCAGAUGGUACAGACAGGGGGUGCCAACACCACCACUACCAACAGUGGACAGCAGGGCACCGUGACCGUCACCCUGCCAGUCUCAGGCAACAUGAUGAACGCUGGUGGCAUGGUCAUGAUGAUGCCUAGUGGAGGUGCGGUGCCUGCUAUGCAGCGUAUCCCUCUACCCGGGGCUGAGAUGUUAGAGGAGGAACCUCUGUAUGUCAACGCUAAACAGUACCAUCGCAUCCUGAAGAGAAGACAGGCCCGAGCCAAGCUGGAGGCAGAGGGCAAGAUCCCUAAAGAGAGGAGGAAAUAUCUGCAUGAGUCCCGUCACCGCCACGCCAUGCAGCGCAAGAGGGGAGACGGAGGACGCUUCUUCUCUCCCAAGGAGAGGGAGGAGAUGGCCCUGGCUCUGGCCCAGCAACAGGCAGAGCUGGCCGCCCAGGCAGGAGAAGACUCUGUAGCUCAGAUGGUCCGUGUUUCAUAGCAUUCGACACCCCGACAAUGUCUUCCUCCGUAUAUACACCUCUCGCUAGGCUUGGCCGAUAAACCAUGUACCGGGGUGUUUCCAAAUACCGACAGUAUGAUUUUCAAUACCGUUUAAAAAUAUAUAAUAAUAUUUUUGUUUUGGGGGGUGCAUGCUACAGCACUGCUUAGAAAUCUCAAAUGUGUCAAAUAAAUGAUAUCCUGUUCAGGGCUCCAGCUAUGCAUUUGGUUUGCUAACUUGCUCGCUAAGUGGCUAGAUGUCAAGAUCAAGCUUCUUGGUUACUGCAAAGACAGUCAAUCCCAUCCUGGAUCAAGAACCCUCAACCCUCUUGCCUAAAUUGUUUAUUGGGUAAUAUAUAUAUAUAUAUAUAUAUAUAUAUAUAUAUAUAUAUAUAUAUAUACAUACAUACAUACAUACAUACAUACAUACAUACAUACAUAUAUAUAUACAUACAUACAUACAUACAUACAUACAUACAUACAGUGGGGCAAAAACGUAUUUAGUCAGCCACCAAUUGUGCAAGUUCUCCCACUUAAAAAGAUGAGAGGCCUGUAAUUGUCAUCAGGGGUACACUUCAACUAUGACAGACAAAAUGAGAAAAAAAAUCCAGAAAAUCAGAUUGUAGGAUUUUUAAUGAAUUUAUUUGCAAAUUAUGGUGGAAAAUAAGUAUUUGGUCAAUAACAAAAGUUUAUCUCAAUACUUUGUUAUAUACCCUUUGUUGGCAAUGACAGAGAUCAAACGUUUUCUGUAAGUUUUCACACACUGUUGCUGGUAGUUUGGCCCAUUCCUCCAUGCAGAUCUCCUCUAGAGCAGUGAUGUUUUGGGGCUGUUGCUGGGCAACAUGGACUUUCAACUCCCUCCAAAGAUUUUCUAUGGGGUUGAGAUCUGGAGACUGCCUAGGCCACUCCAGGACCUUGAAAUGCUUCUUACGAAGCCACUCCUUCGUUGCCCGGGCGGUGUGUUUGGGAUCAUUGUCAUGCUGAAAGACCCAGCCACGUUUCAUCUUCAAUGCCCUUGCUGAUGGAAGGAGGUUUUCACUCAAGAUCUCACGAUACAUGGCCCCAUUCAUUUUUUCCUUUACACGGAUCAGUCGUCCUGGUCCCUUUGCAGAAAAACAGCCCCAAAGCAUGAUGUUUCCACCCCCAUGCUUCACAGUAGGUAUGGUGUUCUUUGGAUGCAACUCAGCAUUCGUUGUCCUCCAAACACGACGAGUUGAGUUUUUACCAAAAAGUUAUAUUCUGGUUUCAUCUGACCAUAUGACAUUCUCCCAAUCUUCUGGAUCAUCCAAAUGCUCUCUAGCAAACUUCAGACAGGCCUGGACAUGUACUGGCUUAAGCAGGGGGACACGUCUGGCACUGCAGGAUUUGAGUCCCUGGCGGCGUAGUGUGUUACUGAUGGUAGGCUUUGUUACUUUGGUCCCAGCUCUCUGCAGGUCAUUCACUCGGUCCCCCCGUGUGGUUCUGGGAUUUUUGCUCACCGUUUUUGUGAUAAUUUUGACCCCACGGGGUGAGAUCUUACGUGGAGCCCCAGAUCGAGGGAGAUUAUCAGUGGUCUUGUAUGUCUUCCAUUUCCUAAUAAUUGCUCCCACAGUUGAUUUCUUCAAACCAAGCUGCUUACCUAUUGCAGAUUCAGUCUUCCCAUCCUGGUGCAGGUCUACAAUUUUGUUUCUGGUGUCCUUUGACAGCUCUUUGGUCUUGGCCACAGUGGAGUUUGGAGUGUGACUAUUUGAGGUUGUGGACAGGUGUCUUUUAUACUGAUAACAAGUUCAAACAGGUGCCAUUAAUACAGGUAACGAGUGGAGGACAGAGGAGCCUCUUAAAGAAGUAGUUACAGGCCUGUGAGAGCCAGAAAUCUUGCUUGUUUGUAGGUGACCAAAUACUUAUUUUCCACCAUAAUUUGCAAAUAAAUUCAUUAAAAAUCCUACAAUGUGAUUUUCUGGAUUUUUUUUUUCUCAUUUUGUCUGUCAUAGUUGAAGUGUACCUAUGAUAAAAAAAAAUUACAGGCCUCUCAUCUUUUUAAGUGGAAGAACUUGCACAAUUGGUGGCUGACUAAAUACUUUUUUGCCCCACUGUAUAUAGUUAUAUAUAUAUUAUAUAAAAAAAUAUUAUCAUUUUAAUUGUGCCCAUUAUGUGCAUUUCCAGUAAUACCCAGUAUGGUACAGAAAAGCUGACAUUGUGAAAAUCUUAAUACUACCCAAAAUUACCCCUCGCCCAUAUAAGGCCAUGCCUCGUUUAGUUGCAGAAUACAUUUUGUUGGUCUUUAUUUUGUUGUGUGUGUUUUACUGAAGCAAAGACUGUUUACAAAUUCAGCUGUCAGAGUCAAAAAAAAAUGAUGGUAGUUAUGCAUCUUGUUUGUCGAAACAGGCAACGUUAUAGAAGCCUUGGUCCAUAGGGAUUCUCAAGUGAGAUAUUGACAGACUAAAUGAAAAUGGAUAUUCGUAAAGAAUGUUUUUGGAAGCACUUCUCAUAGAAAAACAGAGGAGAAUUGGAAUUUCAUUUUACUUCCUGAAUUGAAAUGGAAUUGAUCCCAACACAACUUUUCAGAAGGGUUUUCAAUAUCCAGUCCCCCAGUUGUUUGUACAGGGAAUCUGUUUUAUACACCCGUCGUGAUAAAAACUAGAUGUUUGUUGUGAGAUAGACAGCACAUGUAUGUUGCAUUGAUGUCUGACUAUCCGUGUACUUUGUCUGUUUAACUCUACGUGGAUCUUUAUUUGAAAAGUACAUUUUAUAUUCUUCUGAUUCUGAAGGACCAUACAUUUAUUUUCUGUGGUUUACAACAUUGUUUGACUGAACUCUUGUGUAUUAAUCUGUUAAUUAAAUUGUAUUAGGUUCA